UCGGGGCCGGGUCGGGCCGGGUCAGGUCGGGUCGGGGUCCGGCGCGCUCCCGAGGCCUGAGGCGCGCGGUCGGCGUCGGGAUCCGGCGGUUGGACCGGGCCGGGCCGGACCGGGGAGCGCAGCCGGGGGAGCGGACAGGCGGGCGCGGGCGGAGGCCCGGGCGGGGCGCUGCGGCCGCGGCCAUGGCCGACGAGACCCCCAGGAAGGGCAGCUUCUCGGCGCUCGUCGGGCACACCAACGGCCUCACCAAGCCCGCGUCCCUCGCCGCCGCCGCCGUCACCUCCAAGCCCGGGGGCAGCGGCGGCUCCAAGAAGCUCGUGAUCAAGAAUUUCCGAGACAGACCGAAGUUGCCUGAUAACUACACUCAGGACACCUGGCACAAGCUUCACGAGGCGGUGAAAGCCAUACAGAGUAGUACCUCCAUCAGAUACAACCUGGAAGAGCUCUACCAGGCUGUUGAAAACCUUUGUUCUCACAAAGUCGCCCCAACACUCUACCAGCAGCUGCGUGAGGCCUGUGAAAGCCACGUGCAGGCCCAGAUUCUUCAGUUCAGAGAAGACUCACUAGAUAGCGUUUUCUUUUUAAAGAAGAUUAACACGUGCUGGCAAGAUCACUGCAGACAAAUGAUCAUGGUCAGAAGCAUCUUUCUCUUUCUGGACCGCACCUACGUUCUGCAGAACUCCCUGCUCCCCUCCAUCUGGGACAUGGGCCUGGAGCUCUUUAGGAGCCACGUCAUCAGCGACAGGAUGGUGCAGACGAAGACCAUCGACGGGAUUCUGCUGCUGAUCGCGCGCGAGCGCAGCGGCGAGGCCGUGGACCGGAGCCUGCUGCGCGGCCUGCUGGGCAUGCUCUCCGACCUGCAGGUUUAUAAAGACUCAUUUGAAUUGAAAUUUUUGGAAGAAACUAACUGUUUAUAUGCUGCAGAAGGCCAAAGAUUGAUGCAGGAAAGAGAGGUUCCGGAGUAUCUGAACCAUGUAAGUAAACGUUUGGAGGAGGAAGGAGACCGCGUGAUCACGUACCUAGACCACAGCACGCAGAAACCACUGAUUGCCUGUGUGGAGAAGCAGCUCUUGGGAGAACAUUUAACAGCAAUUCUGCAGAAAGGGCUGGACCACCUGCUGGACGAGAACAGGGUGCCCGACCUCACGCAGAUGUACCAGCUGUUUAGCCGCGUGCGGGGCGGCCAGCAGGCGCUGCUGCAGCAUUGGAGCGAGUACAUCAAGACGUUUGGGACAACCAUCGUUAUCAAUCCAGAAAAGGAUAAAGACAUGGUGCAGGACCUGCUGGACUUCAAGGACCGCGUGGACCACGUGAUCGACGUGUGCUUCCAGAGGAACGAGAAGUUCAUCAACCUGAUGAAGGAGUCCUUCGAGGCGUUCAUCAACAAGCGGCCCAACAAGCCCGCCGAGCUGAUCGCAAAGCACGUUGACUCAAAACUGAGAGCGGGUAAUAAAGAGGCCACGGACGAGGAGCUGGAGAGGAUUCUGGACAAGGUCAUGAUCAUAUUCAGGUUCAUCCACGGUAAAGACGUCUUUGAAGCAUUUUAUAAAAAAGAUUUGGCCAAAAGACUCCUCGUUGGAAAAAGUGCCUCUGUCGAUGCCGAGAAGUCGAUGCUGUCGAAACUGAAGCACGAGUGCGGCGCGGCCUUCACCAGCAAGCUGGAGGGCAUGUUCAAGGACAUGGAGCUGUCCAAGGACAUCAUGGUCCACUUCAAGCAGUACAUGCAGAACCAGAGCGACCCGGGCUCUAUAGACCUGACGGUGAAUAUUCUCACGAUGGGGUACUGGCCGACCUACACACCCAUGGAUGUGCAUUUAACUCCAGAGAUGGUUAAACUCCAGGAAGUGUUCAAGACCUUUUACCUGGGAAAGCACAGCGGCCGCAAACUUCAGUGGCAGACGGCCCUGGGGCACGCCGUGUUAAAAGCGGAGUUUAAAGAAGGGAAGAAGGAGUUCCAGGUGUCGCUCUUCCAGACGCUGGUGCUGCUCAUGUUCAACGAGGGCGACGGCUUCGGCUUCGAGGAGAUAAAGGCGGCCACCGGCAUAGAGGACAGCGAGCUGCGGAGGACCUUGCAGUCCUUGGCCUGCGGCAAAGCUCGGGUUCUGAUCAAGAGUCCCAAAGGGAAGGAGGUGGAAGACGGAGACAAGUUCUUUUUCAACGGGGACUUCAAGCACAAGUUGUUCCGGAUAAAGAUCAAUCAGAUUCAGAUGAAGGAGACCGUGGAGGAGCAGGUGAGCACCACGGAGCGCGUGUUCCAGGACCGGCAGUACCAGAUCGACGCCGCCAUCGUCAGGAUCAUGAAGAUGCGCAAGACGCUGGGCCACAACCUGCUGGUCUCCGAGCUGUACAACCAGCUGAAGUUCCCGGUCAAGCCCGGAGAUUUGAAGAAGAGGAUCGAGUCCCUCAUCGACAGAGACUACAUGGAGCGGGACAAGGACAGUCCGAACCAGUACCACUACGUGGCCUGAGGCCCGGCGGCGCCGCCGUGCGACGCGAGAAUGUAUCUUCAGGGCAGAGACACUCGGUGCUGUUGCCAGGGCUUUCUGGGCCUGGACAGCACGGCUGCUUUGGGACUGGAAGGAGGGGGGAUUCCGGGACCGCCCUUCGCAGGCUCAAGGGCUUGCAUAGGGCGCGUGCAUCUUGCCUGCAGUUCUUCCUCCUGCUCUUUUAGGCGUUUUAAGUGCGGAGUGACCCUGACGGCUUCUCUGUGAGGUGGUGUUCUUGCGGCAGCGCCGAGCGUUGGGCGUGUGUGUGUGUGGCCUGCAUGUGCGGGGGGCAGACCCCGCAUGCUGCCUCCUGCAGCCACGGGCCACCGGGUGUCCUGCAGACAUGCCGCCCGCGCUGGCGAGCACUUAGGCGACCGCGGGACCCUCAACUGGUAAACGUUAGGGAGGAACAGUCAGUGUUAAAAACUGGCUAAUGAUUAUGCAACCCGAAUGCUAGCACCUGUUUGUUUCGUUUCUUUUCAAAAAGUUUUCAACUUUGAUGACCGAUUUCUUUUACGAUGAGGUUUCUCGGUGAGAUCUCCGCUGUGCCAAGAGGACCUUGUGUCUGACGUGUGUGAUGCCGCGAGCGCGUCAGCGUCUUCGCUGUAUUUCUGCUAAGUUACUUGGGAAUCCCUGUUGGAGGGUGGCAGGGGUGGUGUGUGUGUGCUCUUCUCCGAUUGAGUCUCGCGGGCCCCGGCUCCCACGCCGGGGUGACUGCCGUGUGAGUUUUUUCUAACUGCAGGAUUGGUGAGAGUGCGACAGUCAAGUUUGGUUUUGCUUCCUCGGGCCGGGCGGGGCGGCUGUUCUCUGCUGUAACCACGGAGGACAGGGGCCCUCGGGACGUGGGGUCUGGGGGUUCACGCUGUGUGCGUGGGGCAAGGCGGACGGGCGGCGGCAGCGUGGUGACGAGGACAGAGAUACUGCUGUGGGAGCGUUGAGAAGGUCUUUAUGUUUCACAUGAUAGCACGUUUCACUUUGAUUAAAAGCUGCCAAAGGAGUUUUGAUCAUGGUGUAAGUGUCGAAAGCAAUAUUUUCUGGAACAUCUACCAAGUUUAUAUCAUUUGACUUUUGUGCUAAAUUAUUAAAAGAUUCUCCCUUUUUGAAA